GCUCAUGUGUUGCUCUUGCAUUCUGAUCAGCUGUUUGCGUGGCUUUUUUGUAUUUGCACGCUUUUUGGCCGAAAUUUAUUUUUAAUUGAAUUUUCUGUGUCACAAUGACCAAUUCAGAGUUCCAAGCUGUAGUUUUUGCGGCAGGGCGUGGCACUAGGCUGCCCGAAGUCUUGGGCGAUGCUCCCAAAUGCCUGCUACCGGUGGGCCCAUAUCCUCUGAUCUGGUAUUCUCUAAAUCUGCUGCAACAACACAACUUUUCAGAGGUUAUUGUGGUAGUUUUAGAGCAGGAAAAGCUGGAAAUUCAAUCGGCUCUGGAAAACACCCCUCUAAAGCUGAAAAUAGACUACGCCACGAUUCCCAAUGACAGUGACUUUGGAACUGCGGACAGUCUGCGCUACAUAUCUGAUAAAAUAAAGUCGGACUUUUUGGUGGUCAGCUGCGACUUGGUCAGCAAUGUCAGUCUGUAUCCGCUGAUUAACAAAUUCAGGGAGCAUGAUGCCACACUGGCGUUGCUCCUCUUUCCCAGUGGAUUUGAGUCGGAUGUGGUGAUGCCGGGUCCCAAGAGCAAACACAAGCCCGAAAGGGAUGUGAUUGGCAUCCAUGCAGCCACUCAGAGAUUGGCCUUCGUCUCCGCCGCUAGUGAUUGCGAGGAAACCCUCAAUAUUCAACGACAUUUGCUGAAGAACCGAGGCAGAUUAGAUGUGUACAGCCGCCUGGUGGAUGCCCAUGUCUAUGUGCUGAAAAAGUGGGUCAUCGACUACCUUCGUAGGAAGGAGAACAUUUCUACUUUUAAGGGCGAGUUUCUGCCGCAUUUAAUCAAGAAGCAACACUCCAAACGACCGCUCAAAACGGUGCAGGAUACUACCUCCGAAGUGGGUGUGGUCACCAAGAAUGAGGACAACGUUCUGCAUUAUGUGGGGCACACCAUUCUGGACCAGAAGAUCACGCAGACCUCUCUCUUUAACCAAUCUCUGUCCCAAGCCCCCUAUCAUGGAGACCUGUUGCGCUGCUACGGCAUCCAAGCGCCCAAGGAGGCGAUUGGAGUGCGGGUAAACAACACUCUUAGCUUCUUGGCCAUCAAUCGUAAGUUAGCCAGCAUCUGGAACGAUCUGUGUGGGGACAACCAUCCACUAAUCUCCCCGGGAGCACUGGUGAAAUCGACCCAAACGAAGGAGAUUAUAGCUGCCGACAAUGCCAAGUUGUCCGAAAAGACCUCACUGAACUUUAGCGUUUUUGGACCCAACUGCAUCAUUAAUCCCAAAAAUAUUGUGGCUAACUCACUCAUAAUGUCCAACGCCGUUGUGGAAGAGGGUUGCAACAUCGACAAUUGCAUCAUCGGCCAUCGGGCACAGGUGAAGAGUGGAUCCGUCCUGAAAAACUGCAUCAUUGGACCGAACUACGUGGUGGAGGAGGGCACUCACAGCCAGGCAGUGCAUCUAUCCAACGCGGAUCAGUUCAUGGAGAUAGACAUACAGUGAGCGGCUAACUUAAUGUGGCUUCCUUUAUUAACGAAUUGAGUUAGAAGGCGGAUUCUUCUAGCAGGACAUUAAAUAUUACAAAUAGGUACACAAAA